UCUCCAACCUUCUCACAAUCUUACCACGUCAUCAAACUACUUCCAACAUUCACCUUUCAACCCACCAACAUGUUCUCAAAGCUUCAUCCAACACAACAACAACAACAACAACAACAGCAUCAACUUUUUCAAUUCUCCCGGGAAUGUCAAACGCCCGACGACCACCACGCCCGCCCCAACGCCGCCUCCGCCUCCGCCAGCGACGGGGCCACAAUUGAAGUGGUCAGGCGGCCCAGGGGCCGCCCUCCCGGCUCCAAAAACAAGCCCAAACCUCCGCUCGUUAUAACCCGGGAGCCCGAGCCCGCUAUGAGCCCAUUCAUUUUAGAAAUCCCGGGCGGGAGCGACGUGGUCGAGGCCCUGGCCCGGUUCAGCCGCAGAAAGAACACGGGCCUAUGCGUCCUGUCCGGUUCGGGAACCGUCGCCAACGUCACUCUCCGUCAACCCUCCGUCACUCCCGGCGCCACCGUCACUUUCCACGGCCGCUUCGAUGUCCUCUCCCUCUCCGCCACGCUCCUCCUCCAAGCCUCGCCGGCGAUCGCGCCCUCCGCCUUCGCCGUCUCGCUCGCCGGCCCGCAGGGCCAGAUCGUCGGCGGACUCGUCGUCGGGAGGCUCACCGCCGCCGGGACGGUGUUCGUGAUCGCCGCGUCGUUCAACAACCCGUCGUUUCACCGGCUGUCCUCGGAGGAGGAGGCGCAGAACAACUCGCCGUCCGGCGGCGGAGGCGAGUCUCCGGCGGUUUCGGGCGGCGGCGCGGAGAGCGGGCAUGUCCCCGCUGAGUCGUGUAUGUACAGCUGUCACCUUCCUUCGGAUGUGAUUUGGCCUCCUACCGCUAGAGCACCUUUCUGAUCAUAUCAAUUCUUAAUUCGACGUUGUUGUGAAUUUUGCUUCGUUAAUUGUUUGUUUUGUUCUCUUUCUUCAGUGGUCUAGUUGUAAUGGAAUGCUGCUGUUAGCUUAUUUAGCUCUAGUUCCCAAUAGAAAAUACCCGUUCAUUUAGAUUUUCAGUAAUACUUCUUGCAUUAUUUUUAUCCUUACUCUCUUUCUUGCUAGCUGUCAUUAUCGUUUUGCUUCACACACAAGUUAAUUCUAUAUGAUUCAAUUUGUUAAAACUUCA